GUAUCAGAGCAUCUGUCGUUCGGAGCAGCACUGCUGUGCCCAGAAGACAUCACCUCCGCGCACCAAAGGCUGGGCACGACAGCAGUGUUGGACCUGCAGCGAGCCACAGAGAAGCUCAACUGGGCGGUGGACGUGGAUGGCAUGAACCGGGCGGCAAGAGACGCUGGGGUGAUGGUGGUGCACCACCCAAUCAGGCACCACGACGGGCAUGACUUGAGGCGGAAGCUCCCAGUGGCAGUGGGGAUUCUGCACCGCCUGCUGCGCCGGGGCCUGCAUGUGCUGGUGACGGACACAGAUGGGGUGGACAGGGCGCCAGCAGUGGUGUGUGCGUAUCUGCACUGGGUGCUCGCCAUCCCCUUGCCCCAGGCUCUUCACUUCGUGUGUGACGUCCGCCCCUGCCAGCCCAACCGGGCGGCACUGGCAGCAGCAACAUGGGAUUUGGUGGCCAUGCUGCGGCGUGGGGUGAGGCACACAGGGCCUGCCACUCAUUCGGUGCAGAUCGCAUGGAACCAUGGGGGGCGCGAGGUGAUGUGCAGCUUGUCAAUGUGCUUCUGGUGGGGGAGCUCUCGGGCGGGUGGAAAAACCCAGUGGCGGCCACUCCAGUUGGGGGUUCCCAAGUUUGUUCUCGCGCUCAGGCUGCCCUCGGAUCGUGAGUCUCUGCUUCUCUCUCUCCUCUUCCGCCACGCCUGUGUGGUGCCGAAAGGUCUGCCUUUUACCAGUCAGUCACCUGCUCAAAGUCUAUUCUCUUCUCUCGCUCACACUGCCCCUCGGCACUGGCAGCAUGCAGCAGCAGACCUGCUUCCUCUCACCUCUCUCUCUCUCUCUCUCUCUCUCUCUCUCUCCUCUCUCUCUCUCUCUCUCUCUCUCUCUCUCUCUCUCUCUCUGCACGGCACUCCUUUGUGCAUCACCUUCCUCUCACCUUCUUCUCACUUCCUCUCCUGGUGCAGUUAUUGCUACGAGUUCAUAGUGGACGGCACUGGCGCCAUUGCAGCAGACCUGCUUCCUCCACUCCCUCUCUUGAUUUGCGCUUCUUUCAUCUACCGCUACAAGUUCAUAGUGGACGGGCACUGGCGCCAUGCAGCGGACCUGCCCACGGAGGUUGGACGAGUGGGGCAACACCAACAACGUGCUGCACGUGGGGUCGCUGGCUCGCCACAACAAU